CCUGCAACUCCACCACUAUGGCAGCCUGUCCCAAAACAGCACCAUGCACCUCUUGUUCAGGUUGUGCGCCAUCUUCAGUGUUUCCUUUGGCCUCUGCUCAGGGACAGAUGCUUCGCCGGAUCUCAUCACUUCCCUGCCAGGACUGUCUGAGAUGCCAACCUUCCAGCAAUGGUCUGGCUAUCUCCAGGCAGGAUCUGGCCAAUACUUCCAUUACUGGUUUGUGGAGUCUCAGGGCAACCCAGCAACUGACCCCGUGGUGCUCUGGCUAAAUGGGGGACCUGGCUGUAGUUCCAUGGAAGGCCUCCUGGCUGAGAAUGGACCUUUCCAUCUGAAUGAUGAUGCAACACUCUACCUGAACCCCAACAGCUGGAACAAGGUAGCCAACGUGCUUUACAUGGAAUCUCCGGCUGGAGUUGGCUAUUCCUAUGCCACAGAGGACAGCCCUAUCAAUGACAGCCAGGUAGCUGAGGACAACUACCAGGCUCUCCAGAGUUUCUUUGCUAAAUUCCCAGACUUUGCAAACAACGAAUUUUAUGUUUUUGGGGAAAGUUAUGGUGGAAUCUAUGUCCCUACUCUCACUGCCAAGAUUGCGGAAGGAUCAGCAGGAAUUAACCUGAAGGGAUUUGGAGUUGGCAAUGGCAUGCUGAGCUAUUUCCUCAAUGACGAGACACUGAUGGAAUUUGCCUACUACCAUGGAGUGUUUGGAGAUGACUUGUGGGCCUCCUUGAACGAAAACUGCUGUGAUGAAGGAACUUGCAACUUCUCCAGCAACAUGAACAGUGAUUGUAUCACAGCAAUAUCACAAGCCUAUGGAAUUCUUUAUGGAAUUGGCCUCAACGUGUACAACCUCUACGCAUCUUGCUGGGGAGGAGCACACUACCAGGAGCGUUAUGAAGCUGAUUUCUCGAGCCUCUUCCACCACUACCAGUUUGAUGUUCCAGUGCCAAAAAUUGGCUCUAUCCCAGGAGUGCCACAUUGUAUAAAUGCCACCGCUAUGUAUGUGUGGCUGAACCAGGAUGAAGUCCGGCAGGCUCUCCACAUCCCCAGCACUCUCCCAGACUGGGAGCUCUGCAGUACACAGGUUAGCGCUCAUUACCAAAGGGUGUACAGAGACAUGACUCCCUUCUACAAGUAUCUGCUGGCUCAGGACCUACGAGCAUUGGUUUAUAAUGGAGACGUGGACAUGGCCUGCAACUUCUUGGGGGCUGAAAAGUUUGUUGAGUCUUUAAAUCAGACUGUGCUAAAUGAUUACCAGCCCUGGUAUUUCAAUGAUCAGAUUGCAGGAUUUUUCAAGGAGUAUGAGAAGAUCACAUUUCUCACCGUAAAGGGUGCUGGUCACAUGGUUCCACAGUAUAAGCCUGGACAAGCUCAGAAGAUGUUUGAAUGCUUCCUCUCCAAAGCCAGCUACAUCUGAUCUAAUGCCUUUUAAAAUAGUAAAUGUCACUGAAAAGUUAUGGGGAAAUGGUAUUCCACAUAGUACGCAAUACUUUGUAACAUAGUAACAUAAUUGAAGCUAUGUACAUACUUAUCUUCUUAUGACUGAAUAGUUGCAAAAACUUAUUAAAUCAUGUAAUCUC